AUGGCUCGCAGCCCCGACACAGCCUCGGCCCGCAAGGUCCGCCGCCGCCCUUCCUUCUUCCGCUUCCUCAGAUCUCGCAGGGGCCGCGGGCGAAGCCAGCAGGAGGAAGGGGAACAGCAGCAAUUCCCGCGAACACCACCACCAUCACCACCACCAAAGCCUGCCGCCGCCUUCCACCCCCAUCCGUCCUCCCACCCUUCCUCCCUGCCUCAUUCCCACUCCCAUCCCCGCCCGGCCUUCAACCCCUUCGCUCCCGCCACCACCCCGCGCCCGCCAACCUCCUUCUCCUUCUCUCAACCCGUCAACCACGAUGCCGCCACCACCACCGCCACCGCCAACCACGGCGCGCACGCGCCGGUCAAGCCGGAAGCACCAAGCAGACACCUCCACCAGCACCAGCACCACCCCCAUACCACUUACAAGCUAUUCCCACCGCUCCCGCCACCGCCCACCAACCUCGCUUCUGCCCCGCGCCACCGCCCCGACCACCACCGCGGCGGCGACGACGCCGGCACCAACGCCGACGCUGACGACUUCAACAACAGACCCGACAAGCAGGCGGUGGACAACGCAGCAGCCGCGCGCGAGGCGGCAUACAUCAUCCUCGCGUCGUGCGAGGCAGGCGCGCUGCAGCGGGAGAAGGCGAAAAAAGAAGGGAAGCGCCGCGAGGAGGGGCACAACGAGGGGGGGGAAGCUGCGGAGCAGCGGGAGCGGGGAAGGGGGACUGGGACAGGGACGCGGGAGGUGGAGCGGAUUGAGCAGGCCAUCACGGGGCUCGGGGCGAUGAUGGCGGCCGGACAACGGGCGGCACGUGCGCCGCCGCCGCCGCCGACGCUUCGCGCGCCGGGCGGCGGGGAGGUGGGGGGGGACGGCGCCGGGGAUGGGGCGGGGGGGACGACGGACUUGGAUGACCGCCUGCGCCGCCUCCGCGGCCGCGGCCGCCACCGGCCCCGGUACCAGAUCGGCCUUGCCGCGGCGCAGCGGCGGCUGGAGCUGGAGAGGCAUUACCUGGAGAGCGGGGAUGCGUUUCCGAUGGCGUAUUUUGAUCUGUGGGAGGGGCGCGUGCCGGAUUGGCUGGAGGUGGAUCCGAUGGGGGAGUUCUGGGAGGGUGAAGGCGAGGAUGGGCUUCGGGGCGAUGGUCAGGAGAAUGGGAAAGGGGAAGAGAUAUCGAGAGGGGACGGGGAAGUGGAGCAUGGUGUGGGAGCGGGUGAGCCGGGAAAGCGUGUUACCGCUAGUGAUGGUGACGGUGCUGGCGCUGGGAGGGAAGAGCGGCUGUUAAGUCUGAGACGGAGAGCGAUGAGGAGUCUGCGAUCGCUGUCUUCCUUUUGGAAGAGCAAGAGGAGCGAAGAUGAGGACGGCGGGGGGCUUGGGCUGGGAUCGCUGAGGGGCAGUGGAGUAGAGUCGGAGGGGAUACUUGGAACCUUGAGGCGGACGUUGACGCGUGAGAGUCUGGCGGGCCUGUUUGGGCAGAGAGAGAAGACGACCGAGCUCGGCAGCGGCGCCACUGUCUCCCCGGUAUCGACCUUUUCGCUGCCGUCACCGGUCGUCCAUCCAGCCGUGUCCGAUGUGCCGGGAAGCGUUUCCGCCGCCAUUCGGGUCGCGACCAAUGUGCCCUCAGAGGAAGAGACUACACCCGACGGGCCCUACAGCAACAUGGUCGCCGACGGCGAGUCCUGGUUUGACGACAUGGGCGGCACCGCCACCAGGGACAAAGGCAAAGGCGUGGACGUGCCAGUCAACCUGGGUGCUCUAGCCGCGAAGCACGACCGGCUGCGCGGGCGAUUUGGCGAACUAAACGCACCUCUACUCGGCGCGGCCUCCGAAGGCUCGGACAAGUCGCUCGUUAUAGUUCCCAGCAACAGCAUGGACUCGGACAGGCCGGCGUCCUGCGAACUGUGA